UCGGUUACGCUGCUCCAAUCAUAUAAUGGAAGAAGCACUCCGUCGUCUCAACGGAAUGGCCCCCACUCAAGUCCCCGACACAACCGUCUCCGACCACCACCCCAAGAAGAGCGCCACCAAGCGCGGGCUGCGCGACAACGCCAGCUCCGGCGGCACCAUGCGGUACCGCGGCGUGCGCCGCCGCCCCUGGGGCCGGUACGCCGCCGAGAUCCGUGACCCGCAGUCGAAGGAGCGGCGCUGGUUGGGCACCUUCGACACGGCGGAGGAGGCCGCCUGCGCCUACGACUACGCCGCCCGCGCCAUGCGCGGCGCCAAGGCCCGCACCAAUUUCGUCUACCCCGACGCCGCCGACCCCCACCACCACCUCUUCCAACCCUACAAUAUCAACCCCAAACACUGCCACGUCACCAGGUGGAUCCCCAACCAAAAUUUAAGCGCUGACUUCUCCACAAAUGGCCACAACAACAACAACCCUUCUUCUUCUUCUUCUUCUUCUUCUCUUAACAUGCUUCUCUUUCGUGACUUUCUCAACUCUUCUUCUCACCACUUUCAUAACAAUAAUAAUAAUAGCAAGUCUUCUAGUUGUUAUGUAAACUCUUCAUCAUCAUCUUCUUCUGCCACUAACUGUCUCCAAGGUUGUUGCUUUACCAACGCUAAUUUUGGAAUGGAAGUUGCUGAAGCUAUUGAUGAAGAAUCGGAGUUUUUCCCGCGAGAGUCUUCGGAUUCUGGAUUGUUGGAGGAGAUUGUCCACAAGUUCUUGCCAAAAUCGAAGCCCAAGAAUGAAACUUUGUCAGCUCCUGAGAUGCUUCCUCAACCGAAAUUUGAUCACAAGAAUGUUUCUGCUGCAAAGGGUUAUGCUGAUAUUAGGACGAGGGUUCCGAAGGUUGAAGCUUUUGGUGUCCCUUAUGAUUCUUCUCCCGUGCAGCAGCAAUUCGAAGCCCUUCAUCAUGGUUUCAACACCAUGCAGGGUGUGGCUAUGGAGAGAAACAAUCAGUUUGUGAUGAACCAUGUUGCUGCAGGGUGCUCCAACAUGGAAGAUUUUCUUCAGUAUCCAGAGCUUUUUAAUUCUCUUGCAGCCAGGAUGCAAAACGCUUAG